GGUCAAAGUCAGAGGUGGGGGCAGAGGGUAAAGGUCAGAAGGCAGAUUCCCCAUGUCCAACCCUCAGCUUCGGGGACCCCAGAUUUAACCCUAGUCCUGCCACAGCGGAAAGGCGCCAAGAUGCACAAAGUGGACAUACUGCUGGAGACCAAGGAGGCGGCUGCCCUCAAGGCGCGGAGGGAGCGAGAGAAGCAGCGGCUGAGCCGCAUCUUAAACUCACGCCACCGCACCAUGGGGGUGGACGUGGAAGCCCUGAGGAAUCAAGUGGAGGAAUGGAAGCUGAGAGUGGAAACGGAGAAACGCCGGGAUGAGACCUAUGACGCCGAGCAGGUGCUGUGCGACCGGUUGGCGCAGAUGCUGGAGGAGGAGGAACGUCAGCGGGUGCGGUGCCUCCACCAGGCCGUGCAGGAGUUCCGGGAGCAGGAGCAGCCACCCCCCACCCGACGGGAGUGGGACCUGUACAACCCCGAGGGGCUGCGCCAGGACCAGCCAGCCCGGGUCAGCGACUAUGACCCACGCUGCGGUCCUGCCAGCCUGCAGCGCUUCGCCGGCGAGGACCUGGCACUGCCCACCCGCCGUCGGCUGCAGCAGGAGCAGCAGUGCCGCAGCCUAGAGGACCAGCGCGCCAAGCGGCAGUGGGCCCUAGCCAACGCCAAGUACGCAGACACGCUGGAGGAUAAAAAGCGGGUGGAGCUGGAUCUGCGGGCACAGCAGCUGGCCCAGCUGGAGGAGGAGUGCCGCCGCGCCAAGGAUCUUGCCAUGGCCAACUACAACCGGGCCCAGGCAGUGGACACAGCGGAGCAGCACCAGCUGGCGUGUCAGCGGGAACAGGAAGACAACCAAGCCGAGAUCCACAACCACCUGACGGGACAGCUGCUGACAGAGGAUCCAGCCGUGGCCGAGAGCCUGCUGGGGCCUCACCGCGUCAUCACCAAUCGCUGGAAAGGCAUGAGCCCUAAGCAAGUGGAGGCUGUGCGGAAGGCCCAGGAGGAGCAACGCCAGGAGAAUCAGAGGCUGCGGGAGGCGGAGCGGCAGCGGGAGGCUGAGUGGGAGACGCAGCAGCAGCUGGCAGCCCGCGCGGCCAUGGCACUCGAGGAGAAGGAGCGCUUGUCCCGGCUGCAGCUGAGGAAAGGCCUGGAUGCCUACAACCAGCAGCUGGCGCAAGAGCAGAGGGCCCAGCAGCAGUACCUGCAGAGGGAGGUGUACACCAAUCCGCCCAGCGCCCAGUACCACCUGCAGUUCAACACCAGCAGCCGCUAGGCCCAGCCCCACGGCACCAACUUCAAAAACCCCAUGGACUGCCCCCGCCCCACCCCUAUCGGGACACACCCAAUCCCCUGCCCCAAUCCCUGCACCCCCAGGACACACCCAAUCCCCAUCCCCUGCCCCAGUCACUACCCCCACCCUGCUGGGACAUACCCCAGUUCCCUACCCCACGGGACAUGCCUAAUCCCAGCCCCCUUCCACACCGGGACACCCCCAAUCACUACACGCACCCUGCUGGGACACACCCAGUCCCCACCCCCUUCCAGGACACAGCUAAUCCCUGCCCCAAACACUACGCCCACCCUGCCAGGACACACCCAAUCCCCCCAUGGACACCCCUGCUGCCGCGACACACCCAGUGCUCUCCUCUCCUAUGACCGGGACACGCCUCCGCUCUCCCCUUGCAGAGGAGAUCUGACACUCGGCUCUGUUCCUUCAGUCACAAUGGCAUCCAAUAAACCCUCGUGCCCCACAGCAUACUGCCCCCCAAGGUCUGUAGCACAAGGCAGGAGAGUGCUACGCACCCUUCCCCGCAUGUCCCUCGCAACCCGGCCCCCGCCCUGCCCACACUGCCCCCAGCCGAGGGCAGCAGUCAAGAAUGGGAGAGGAGGGGGAAUUCGUGGUUACAGCAGGGGCUGGGAGCCAGGACUCCUGGGU